UCCAUCAGACCAAUUUUUUGAAGCCAUAUUCCCACGUGCACAAUUGUUUGUCUACCGGCUUCGGCUUCUUCAUAUCCGGAGUGAAAAACACGUCCACUGUUCUCUUCCAUGUGCUUUCCCUUGGCCCAAUGUCCGGGCCUCCAUGCUUCUUCCUCUCCAUCCUCAGAGAUACCUGAAGCCUAUUCUGUGGAGUCUUACAUCAAAGAUUUACACAUUAUCUACUUCGCCUCCGCAGGUAUUUGGGGCCUCGAAGUCCCUCGUACAGUAAAUACUUUUUUUGGUGUACUUUGAGCGGGACGGAAGGAAUGUUUGCUCGACUAUCACACAAAUCUGCCAGGUGGCUGGACGUGCGCGUUGAACAUGUAUUGUCUGGCAAUGACAAUGGCAUGUUAGUCGAUGUAAACGUGCUCACCUGUCUCGACUUGUCGUGGCGCGGGCUGUGUGGCCAAACUAUUGAGCCUGUGUAUCGUGGUUUGAAACAUGUUGUGAAGGAAGACUUGGAUACAGUUGCUAGGCUGUUGUCCGAACUAGACCCCUUUGAUGAAGAGCUAGAACAGAUGAAUGAAAAUUUGCAAGUGGCUUCCCAGCCGUCGUCGUCGCCGGGCUCCCGCAUUCAUGCGGCAGAAGACAGCGCCUUGACGUGUCCUGAAAUAUCGCUACCAGAACGACCAAGAAGAAAGCGUAGGCGAUCGUCUGCUUUAGUCGAACCACUCGUCAUCAAACCUACCCACCCUUCUGCUCCAAUGAUCAUCGUUUCACCGUGUCCAUCUCAGCCACGCGAAACCUCGUCUUGGGUACCGUAUCAAGAUGCAGCAUUUGGCGCGCGUCUCACAGUGCCCACACACGCCCCAUCAAACGGCGCAUUUCCGCCCCUUGUAGCUUCAUCCAAUCUUGACAACCGCGCUGAUGAUUGGAAGUAUGUCAACGGCCAUUGGUGUGCUGUCCUUCCUACACAUGAUGAACAGUGUAGACGAGGGCUGUACUCUAAGAGCGUGGUUUCUAGGCGAUGUUCAAGGUUACGGCCUCCUUGUCAGACGAAUGUUUGAGUUGCUGUUGCUCCGAUCUACCACUGACUUCACUGUCCCUCGUUUGUCGCAUUCGCCGUCUUGGGUAGUUCAUUAUAUAAAUUAUGUAUCAUUCUCAUGCAUUGUAUCUAUCAUGUUAACUAACUCAUAUUUGUUCAAUACCGUUGUAGAGAUCAACUUAUGGUCAUGAUUCAGCGGAAAUUGAAGACACGUUUACUUGACGUGGGAAAUUAUAUGCCG